GUGAGACGUAGCCAGAUAUUGAAGGCGGUGACCAACCAAGGGAAGAAAAAAAAGGCUAAAACCUCGUCACCACCACCUAACUUCCACCUCUCCCUCCUCGUAGAUGGAUACCAAAACUAUGGAAGAAAAGGAUCAGGUGAGGCCCCUCUCGGCGCCAUCCCCCGCCGUCAUCCCGAUCAACAGCGAUGAAGAAGGCGGCGCCACCGGGCGGCGGCCGGCCCGCUAUCUCCGGAAGCGGCGGUGCGUCCUCUGGUGCUGCGGGUGCUGCGGCCUCACCGUCGUCGUCCUCGGCAUCGUCAUCCUCAUUCUUUCCCUGACGGUGUUCAAGGUCAAAGAUCCCACCCUCACCAUGAACUCCAUCACCUUGAGUGGCAUCAACACCGGAUUAUCAACGGGGAGUGACCCCGUGUCGCUGAACGCGACGCUCACCGCCGACAUCUCGAUAAAGAACCCGAACGUGGCGUCGUUCAAGUUCGACAACAGCACCACUGAGUUCUACUACCACGCGGCGACCGUCGGGGUGGCGUACGCGCCGGACGGCAAGGUUUCGGCCCACCGGACGGUGCGGAUGAACGUGACGGUGGACGUGCUCAUCGACCAGGUGGUGAUGCGGACCAACAGGACGCUUAGCCUGAUCACGGGCACGGAGCUGAACCUGACGAGCCACACGGACUUAAAUGGGAGGGUGAACGUGCUAGGGAUUUACAAACGGGACAUAUAUGUGAUGAUGAAGUGUAGCAUGAGCUUGGAGGUGUCUGCCUUCUCGCAGCAGAUCACGAACACGGCCUGUCAGGCUAACGUCGACUGAAGAAAGGAAGUUUCGAAGAGGGGAAUGGGAUCCAUAUUGAUAUCUUGUUUUUUUUUUUUUUUGUAAUUCUGCACUUCUUUUUUUACUUAUCUAUGUUGUUAUUGGAGAUUUGUGCAUAUAAUUAUAUUUUGGUUAUACGAUUACAUUCGAGUAAUUGUAAGUAUCAGUUGUGGCACUGGAAGAAUUUGGUCGAUGAAAAUCUUAUCGAUUGGGAUUCUUCGAUGAAAAUCUUAUCGAUUGGGAUUCUAUUGAAUUAGGACUCUAAAAUCUAGAAU